AUGUAUGCCCAGCGCCCGUUAUCCUAUGCCCCGACGCCGUACAGCUAUACCCCUAAUCCCGCGUUGGCGGCGUCUAUCAAUCUCGAUGAGGAAGUGAAACUAGCCUCCAGCUCGGCGGAGCGGGACCUCUACGAGUCGUUGGCUGAGAUCUACGGCAUCAUUGUCACCUUGGAUGGUCUCGAAAAGGCGUAUAUCAAAGAUGUGGUCACAGAGGCAGAGUACACGGAAACAUGCACGCGACUCUUGAAGCAGUACAAGUCCAGCCUGGGUGACGACACCGUUGCGAAUGAGUUUGUCGAUCUAGAGACCUUCAAACGCACCUGGGGGCUGGAAUGUCCCCGUGCCACCGAACGUCUCCGCAUCGGUCUCCCCGCAACAGUCGAACAGGCUUCCCAUAGCACACCCGCCGCGAACAUGGCUCUGGCAGCAGCAGGCCCUGCAGGAGGGGCGUCGGGCAGUCUGAUCCUAACGGCGACCGAAAACUUUAUCACCUUCCUGGAUGCGCUGAAGCUGAACAUGGUCUCAAAGGAUGCACUGCACCCACUCCUGUCGGAAGUGAUCCAGUCCGUCAAUAAAGUGACGGAUGUUGAUUUCGAGAACCGGGGCAAGAUCAUACAGUGGCUAAUUGCCUUGAAUCAAAUGCGUGCAACCGAGGAGCUCAGUGAAGACCAGGCCCGGGAGUUGGCGUUUGACAUUGAACAAGCAUACCUGGGAUUCAAGGCCACGUUGGGUUGA